AUGGCCACUCCCUCUCCGGCGCUGACGGCCGAGGAGCCCCCGCCGCCGCUGCCGGUUGGCGAUCGCGACUAUCGCGCCUGCCGCCGCUGCCGCCUCGUCCUCACCGCCCCGCAGUUCCUCCGCGACGGCUGCCCGGUCUGCGGCACCGCCCCGCCCGGCCGCGAGGAGCUCCACGACGUCACCACCGCCGACUUCGCGAACUUCAUUGGCCUCAUCGCGCCGGAGAAGUCGUGGGUCGCGCGGCUCAUUGGCCGCACAAACUGCCCAAACGGCGUCUUUGCAGCAGCACUCGAUGAUGACGAUGAUGAUGAUAUGGGAGAGGAGGAGGAGGAAGAAGAAGGGGAAGAGGAAGAUGAUGAGGAUGAGGGCAAUGAGCCGCAGCAAGAGGAGGAGGAGGAGGGGGAGGAGAAGAUGCCUCGACCACCUGUCAUGACGGAUGAGGAACUGCUUGCCAUCAAGAAUGAUUAA